UGUGUCCUUGUUCUCUCUCUGCCUCCACCCCCAAUUCCCAUUGUACCUUCUUCCUCUUUCUUUCUUUCCGAAGAUAAAAUCUUUACCUUCACACACAAACCCCUUUUGGUUUCUUCCCUCAAAUUUGCAUCUGGAAUCUGGUUUCUCAGUACUUCACACCACCAUGGGUUCACUUGGAGCUUCGUGUGCUCUGUGUUGUUCUCUGUUCAUCAUAUUUUUCACUUUCAGUUUUGCUGGGGACAUAGUGCACCAUGAUAAUAUUGCUCCCAAGAGACCUGGCUGUGAGAACAACUUUGUCCUGGUUAAAGUUCCAACUUGGAUUGAUGGUGUGGAAAGCUGUGAGUAUGUUGGAGUUGGUGCAAGGUUUGGCCCUACACUGGAAUCAAAAGAAAAACGUGCUAACCAUACUAGAAUUGCAAUUGCUGAUCCUCCUGAUUGUUGUAGCCUACCUAAGAAUAAGCUCACUGGCGAGAUCAUUUUGGUGCACCGAGGACAGUGUAGUUUCACAACCAAGGCAAAUAUAGCUGAACAGGCUGGUGCUUCAGCCAUGCUGAUUAUAAAUUACCGUACAGAACUUUUCAAGAUGGUUUGUGAAGCAAAUGAAACUGAUGUGGAUAUUGGAAUACCUACUGUCAUGCUUCCACAAGAUGCUGGGGAAAACUUGGAAAAUCACAUACUAAACAACUCAGUGGUGUCUGUGCAGUUGUACUCUCCAUAUCGUCCAAUGGUUGAUGUUGCAGAAGUGUUUUUAUGGCUUAUGGCUGUUGGUAGUAUUCUCUGUGCUUCUUACUGGUCUGCCUGGACUGCGAGAGAGUCUGCCAUUGAGCAGGAGAAGCUAUUAAAGGAUGCUUCAGAUGAAUAUGUAAAUGCAGAGAAUGCUGGUUAUAGUGCUUAUGUGGAAAUCAGUACUGCAGCAGCAAUAUCAUUUGUUGUGAUUGCUUCUUGUUUCUUGGUUAUGCUUUACAAAUUCAUGGCAUCAUGGUUUGUUGAAGUUCUGGUGGUUCUAUUUUGCAUUGGUGGGGUUGAGGGACUACAAACAUGCUUGGUGGCUCUGUUAUCAUGUUUCAGAUGGUUCCAACAUGCUGCACAAAUAUUUGUGAAAGUACCCUUCUUUGGUGCUGUAUCAUAUCUGACAGUUGCUGUUACUCCCUUCUGCAUAGUGUUUGCUGUGCUUUGGGGUGUCUAUCGCCAUGUAUCAUUUGCUUGGAUUGGUCAAGAUAUUCUUGGUAUCACAUUGAUUAUUACAGUUCUUCAGAUUGUGCGGAUACCAAAUCUCAAGGUUGGAACUGUUCUUCUCAGUUGUGCCUUCCUGUAUGACAUCUUCUGGGUGUUUGUCUCUAAAUGGUGGUUCCAUGAGAGUGUCAUGAUAGUGGUAGCUCGAGGUGAUAAGAGUGGAGAAGAUGGUAUCCCCAUGUUGCUCAAGAUACCACGUUUGUUUGAUCCUUGGGGUGGCUACAGCAUCAUUGGUUUUGGUGACAUCAUCUUACCAGGGCUUCUAGUUGCGUUUUCACUAAGGUAUGAUUGGUUAGCAAAGAAGAACCUUCGAGAUGGAUACUUCUUGUGGGCAAUGACUGCUUAUGGUUUAGGACUCCUUAUCACAUACAUGGCUCUGAACUUGAUGGAUGGACAUGGUCAACCUGCUUUGCUUUAUAUAGUCCCGUUUACACUUGGAACCUUUUUGUCAUUAGGAAAGAAGAGAGGUGAACUCAAGGUACUAUGGACAAGAGGGGAACCAAAAAUACCUUGCCCUCACAUCCAAGAGGAUCAAUCAACAAACCAGUAAUCGCCAGCACAGUUAGCAUCCUAGGUGUUAGUUUACAGGAGACUUAUAGCAAAUCUUAGAAGACUGUAACAUCUGUAACUUUGUCAUAACCAAAUUUCAGCCAAAUGAUAUAUUAUAGCAUGUAUUUAAAAUCAGCCCCCGCGACUGGAGAUACCCUGCACAACUGCUAGAUGAUGGAGGACCCAUGCAAAACUGUCUACUGUAAGAAUAGAUCUUUUUUCUGAAAUAGAAGAUGGACUGGAACGAGGAGAUUCAAGAUAUUCGUUUCCUGAUUCUGGCCCCUCCUUAGGGUCUUUUUUUUUACACCUUUCAUAUUUAUACUUCCACGAUGAUCUGGCUAAAAUUAUGUAUUUAAGUGGCAAGCCAAAUGACAGGCAUGGAUAACCUUCAAGCAAUGGAGAGAUGAUUGGAAAAUGAUGAUGAUUUGGAACUUUUGAACUGUGAAGAAUACGACUAAAUUUCUGUUAUUUCAUGUAUGAAAUUAAUAAUGUAUCAAAUAUGCUUGCAGUGCUGAAUCGGUCUCAGAUUUCACAGAAACUUCAAUUCCAACUGGACAGCAACAUCACACAACAGCACCUCCAAAGAUCUCUAUCAAUCUCAAAGGAUCAGGAAGCUUACUUAGGCAAGAGAUUAGAGGAAAUGGGAAGGUCAUGUAUGUAUCAGGAUUAGCUCCGUAGUCCAAAGACAAUUCUUCAUUUCUCCUCUCCAAUCCAUUAUCACUUCAAAAAAUUUAUCAUGUCACUUAAUCAAUGCACUGAUCCAUCAUCCGAAGAGGAUUAUGAUAACAUGUUCAAAAGGAAAAUUAUUCAGUGGUUUGCUAAUGCAAGGUUAACAACUUUUCUGUUUCGGCUAAAAUUAAAAAAUUCAUGAGAUACAAAGGAGCCAUUAAAUAAGAACUAGAAAAAGAAAGCAACGAAAACCAAAUGAACAUGACGUAUAUAAUCCACAACCUGAACCUUUUUUAUUUCUUUCCUAUAAGUUUACAAGAGAACGCCCCCAGCAGCAAAUAGCACCAGAGAUGAACACUAAUAAUGAACAACAAAGAAUCAAUUUAAACAGUAAAA